UACAGAGUUGCGGUUUACGGCACAAUGCGGCACAAACGUAGCACAAUGCAGCACAAUUUCAAAACAUACAAAAUUCGAAAAGUGCGGGGCUAACUUCAUACACGUACUGUGAAAACGUAACCAAAUUAUAUUUUGUAUUGAUAAGCACACACAUUGUAAUACAGUAAUCUGAAUGUAAUUGAGUCAUAAAUUGUAAAGCUGUGUAAAAUAAAAUUGUAUAAGAUUUAUCUGUAAAGAAAUAAUAACAGAAAUAUAUGUUAGAAAUGUAAUGUGAUGUUCAAAGAUACAUAAAAGUUAAUCAAACUACACAGUGAAAAAUAUCGGCAAUUAAAUGUUUCAUUACAGAAGUUGAAUUAUUAAUGUAUAUUUUUAACAUUUAUCAAAAAUUUGUUGUAAUUUAAACAUGUCAGACGAAGUGAAAGCAGCUUAUAAAGAAGCUCGUGAGGCAUAUAAGCAAAAGAAAUUUGCGGAUGUAAUAAAGAAAUGUAAAAAGAUAUUAAAAAAAGAUAAAAAUCAUUAUGGAACUCUUGUUCUGUUGGCUGUUGCGAUGAAUGAAAUUGAAGAACACAAGUCACAAAUACCAUUGAUUCUUCAAAAAGCUAUACAGAUACAAGCAGAUAAUCCAUUAGCUUGGCAAGGCUUAGUAAUUUAUUAUGAAACAAAUUUACACGACGAUGAAUCUUAUAAUAAGCUUAUAUUAGCUUAUUGCAAACUUUUGAAGUUAGAUAGUGGUUCUAAAUUUUCAACUACUUUAAAUAAACUCUUAGAUAUUUCUUUACAAGUUAAAGAUAGUGAUGUAUUAGUUGAGUGUAUUGAAAGUUUAUUUAAAUUACAAAAGGAAUUAGAUGAUGAUAAAAUUAUGUUGAUUAAUAAAACACUAGCAUGGAUAUUAAUAAAUAAUUAUAAUGGUUUGAUGACACCAGAAUAUCAAGGUGCAUUCGAGGGUAUUUUUGUAUCUGUAAUCAACGAUGAUAGUGUGUCUGAUCGGCAGGAUUAUUAUAGAAAAUAUUUAAAAAUUUUAUAUAACAGAAGUGAAUUAAUGGUUUUAAUUAAACAAGCUAUAAAUGUACAUCAGAAAUUUCCACAAGAUAUCUUGCCAUUGGAAUACAUAUGCCAAGUCUAUUAUGAACAAAAUAUUUUGUAUGAAAAUCAUAUUGACAUUGAUAUAACACAAUUCUAUGAAUCUUUGUUAAAAUUAAAUGUAAAUUCCGAAAGUGCAGCUGUUGCUAAAGCAGUAUACUUAAAGGAGCACGACAAUUUGGUCGGAGCACGAGAAAUAUUAACAGAUGUACUUGUGUUAAAACCAAAUUCAGUGUACGGGUGGGUAACAUUGAGCGAAAUAAAUGCAAAACUUUAUUGUUGGGAAGAUGCAGAAAGUGCUGCGAGGCAGGCACUGAAAAUCAAAGAGUGCAAACAGAAUGAUGAAUUGUUGCAUAAAAUAGAACUAAUAUUAGCUGAAUCCAUGAGUAGAAGUAAUAGCAAACAAAAAUGGGAAAGUACUUUGCAAAUAUACGAAAAGAAUUUAAAGAAAUACGCAUCAGCGAAAUUGGAAUUGGUUUGUGCGCGCAUCGCUAUACUACUGGACGAUCCUGAUGUGCACAUUAAACUAAAUAAUUUGGAAUCAAAAUUCGAAACUAAAGUUCAGGCUAAUAUCCUUCGAGCAUUUUAUUUGAAACGGCAUAAACAAUUUGAGGAAGCUGUAAAUAGUCUUGAUUCAGCUUUGGAAACGUCUGAAGCAUGGUUGCUUCUUGGUACAAUAUACUGGGAGAUGGCAGAGUAUAACUAUAGUCUGAUGGCCUUUUUAAAUGGAAUAAAAACGGAUCGUUACAAUUGGGAGUGUUUGGUUUACUUGGGUCACUAUUACCGCGAACAUGGUAAUGAUAUUGAGCGUUCCAGAAGAUGUUAUCAAACUGCAUUACAAAUCAAUCCAAAUUCUGAAGAAGCUGGUAUUGGUUUAAGUACUGCAUACAGACUUCUUAAAAAUCAGGAUGCUAAUAUUCAACUGUUACAAAAGUUAACUGUACGAGAUAGCGGUCCCAAAUGGGCAUGGUUGCAACUUGGAUUGCAGUAUCUCGAUCAAGGAGAUGCAGCACAAGCUAUUAAAGCAUUUCAACAUGUUAUUAGAGCUGAUCCUUAUGACAAUCACUGUUGGGAAUCUUUAGCUGAUGCAUAUUUCGUACGGGGUGCAUACACGUCAGCAUUAAAAUCGUACCAACGAGCAUUAGAAUUAUGCCCGAAAUCAUUGUAUCCCAUAAUACAACUGGCAAACAUAAAAUUAAUUAUUAAACAAUACAAUGAAGCCAAAAUAGAUUUUGAAAAUCUACUGUUGAACGAACCAAAUUAUAUUCCUGCUUUAAAAGGAUUGGGUGAAACCUGUUUAGCACUAGCAAAGGAAUAUAUUGCUAAACAGUUGUUGGGUCGUGCUAAGAACCAUCUACAACUGGCAAUGGAUUGUUUAACUACGGCUAUUAAAGAACGUAAAAAUACAUCCUGCAUCUGGAAAUUACUAGGCGAUGUGUGUUAUAGAGUUGCAACAAUGCCAGAAAAGUAUGGUCAUUUACAAGUAUCCUCUAUUUUAAUAAAACGUGACGAUACCGAAGAUAUUGUAAUGCUUAAACGAAGAGACUUAUUUCUUUUGUCAUCAAGAUGUUACUGUUCUGCAUUAUCACUGUCUCCACAUUCAUCUCUCCUAUGGUACGAUUUAGCUUUAUGUUAUUUAAUGCAGCUACAGCUUGACCCAUCAGUUGAUCAUACAAAAUUAGCUGGUAAAUGUCUUGCUGCUGCAAAGCAUGCUGUUAAACUGUGUCCUUCAAUGUGGUUACACUGGAAUCUUUUGGGUGUAAUCUGUAUGUCGCCAUAUAUAAAAAAUUACGCAUUAGCUCAGCAUGCUUUCAUCAUGGCAAUUGAUAAAGGAUUAAACAGUGCUAUAGUUUGCUGUAAUUUGGGAACUUUGUAUCUACAUAUAGGAAACUUAUAUAAGGGAAAUGAAGCUUAUUCUCAAGCUCAGCGUUUAGAUCCCGCAUAUAUAAAUAGCUGGGUAGGGCAGGCUAUAAUUGCUGAAAAAUUGUCCAGAAAAGAAGCAAUAGAUUUAUUUAGACAUUGCACACAACUAGGAUAUCACGAUCAAGCUGCAGUGGGAUAUACUCAUUCGGUACUUACUAUGAUCUUAAAUCCUGACAUCGAAAAGAAUCAUUUUCAUACAUAUAUAAUAGAAAAAAUGCACGCCGUGUUUGUAGCUACUGAUGUUGUGACUUGGUAUGUUGAGCGCCAUCCUAAUGAUUGUUAUGCUCGAAACGCAUACGGAUUGUUACUUGAGAGGCAGAAACUUUAUAAAUCAGCAGCAGAACAAUUUGCUGCAGCUGUAUGCGUCUGUACUAACGAAGAAAAAGAUUCUGUGUGUAUAAAUCUAGCCCGUGUUUUACUGCAACUCGCUAAGUAUGACGAAGCUGUAAAGUUUUGUCAAGCUGUCAAAGAAACCACUUACAAUUCUCAAUGUUAUUUAGCAUUAUCUUUGUUCAAAGCCGCAAAAUAUGAAGAAUCAUAUAAUACCUAUGAAACAACAUUGAACUUGUAUGCUAAUACUGAUACACAGAAAGCUUAUACAUUAUGCGCAAUGGCAGCAAUAGCAUAUACGUUUCAGAGAGUACAAGAUGCAAAAAUUUUACUGUUUCAAUGUAUACAGAUACAACCACCAAUUAUAAUGGGUCUCUUAGCGGCUGCAGCGUUGGGCAUACUGCAUGGAGAUGUAAAUUUGACUACGUUGGUAUUGAAUGAAUUAAAGAUCUAUAAAAAUCACUCUGUACAUGGACAUCAUGUUACAAAUUUGUUAGCAUAUUUCUAUAUAAUUGGAAAUAAUAUUAAAAGUGCUAUUGCUACUCUUUCUAAAGCAAUUUUUACUUAUCCUGGUGAUGUAAGGUAUUGGAAGGAAUUGCUAAGAAUUUUAUUGGAAACAGAUUUAAAAUCUUUUAGUAGAUGUGCACAGAAAACACUGUUUCUUAGUAGAAAUACUGCUACUGAAAAUGUUACACAUAUUGCAUGUGCAUCAUUUUAUAGUUACUGUAUACAAAAUUCGCUACCAAGCAGUAAGAGAUUGUUGCAGAAACUUCUAUUCACUUAUCCUAGUGAUAUUGAAAGCUGGGCUACAUUUAUAGCUGCUUGUUUGUCGAGGUCACCAAAUAUGAAUUUGGGCAUCGAUGCUCAACGGAUUGACGCAUUGAUAUCGGUAACUAUACAAAAUUAUCAACCUAAAGACCUAAUGGCUAAAUGGUUGUAUGAAAGUAAAGAGAAGAUAAAACAAAUCGUUCAAAUAAAGGAAACUUCUUAAUUUAUACAUGCUACAAAAAAAAGAAAACAUUGUUUAGUACAAAUAGGUUUUUAAUCGUUGUUCAUAUUUCAUUGUACCAUACUAUACACCUUGUCAAUGUACAUAUGUAAGGGAAUUUUAAUUAGAAUUUCUAGAAAAGUAAGAAAGUGAAUAAGGAAUUAUGGAAACAUAUUUUAUUGCAAUUUGUAUAUUCAAAUAUAAAAUCAAAUAUUAAUUUAAUUCUUAACAACCAUUGUAAUUGAAAAAAAAAGUAGCACAAACCAUUGACGUCAGCCAACCAUGACGGACGCAAGAUUGAUAUUGCGCAAAAAGUUUAUUUGUAAUAACAACAGAGUAAGUUCAUAUUAAAUAAUUCAAAAUCAAUUUUUUUAUGAUACUGAAUAAAACAUUCAAAACUG